AGCGCCGCCCCCCUGGCCCGGACCCCUGGCAGCUCCCCGCGCGCGCCCCCCCGAGCCCCUCUGGGUCCGGCGCCGCCCGCCAUGUACAGCCCCGUGGCCAGCGGGCCCAUGAUGAGCGCGCGCGGGCCCAUGAUGAGCGCCCGCGGGCCCAUGAUGAGCGCCCGCGGGCCCAUGAUGAGCGCCCGCGGCUUCCCCGGCGGCGGCUUCGGCGGCGGCGGCGCCGAGGCGGGCUGCGGGCCCUCCGCCUGCGCCUGCGGCCGCGGGUGCGGCGGCGGCUGCAGCUGCGGCGGGGGCGGCGUCGGAGGCUGGACGUACGGCGUCGUCCCGGAGGGCACGGGCGAGUACGUGGCGUGCACCACCUACAGGUAUGUCGGCAUGGGGGCCGGCAACGUCGCGUUGUUUCCAGUGCCCGCCGUAGGGAGCGGUUGCAGCUGCUGGUGGUCGCUGUGCCUCCUGUGGCUGCUGCUGCCGCUGCUGUGGCUCUUGCUGUGGCCGCUCUUCGACGCCACCACGACAACGAGCACUAGUACCACCACGAGCCCCGAGGUGAGCACCAGCUCGCCCCCACCGGACACCGCGCAGCCGACUUCGAUGCCCACCCCCGCGCCGACCUCGGUGAGCACGCCGCCGCCGACGGCCACGCCGGCGCCGCCGAUCGUGCUCCCGACGCCGGCGCCGCCCCCCACGGCGGUCGGGCUCUGCAGGGUCUUUGGCGACCCGCACGUGACGACGUUCGACGGGUCCCACGUGAGCUUCUACUCCCAGGGCGAGUACUGGCUCGUCAAGAGCCAGACGGUGUGGAUCCAGGCCCGCUAUUUGCCCACGCCAGUCACCAACGGCCUCUCCGUAGUCAAGGAGGUUGCCGUCGGAGGGCCCUUCCUGGACAGCGCGGACGGCAGGAAGAACAUCCUCCGCAUCAGCGCCCUGAAGGCCUCCUUCAACGGGCAGCCCAUCAUCCCCGACUUCCCCGACAGGUGGCAGAGCGGGGACCCGAUGAUCCAGGUCGUCACGGACAGCUCCGGGGAGACGCUGCAGCCCGGCCGCGGCGGCAAGGAGAUGCACGUGGUGCACGUGAAGUUGCCCGGCCGCGUAUCGCUGCAGAUCAACCGCUGGAACGAGCCCGGCGAGGGCGACUACAUCAACGUCCAGAUCACGACGCCGAAGCAGCCUGGCCAGGACGGUCACUGCGGCAAUUUCAACGGCAACCCCGCGGACGACACGCGCCCGCUCAUCCGCUCCCGCAUCGGCACGACCGGUGUCGACGCGGCUAACCUCCUCUUCGAGGUUAAGACCCCCGUCGUGAAGCCGAACCGCCCGGACCUGAACAACUGCCCGACGGAGAAGACCGACCACGCCCGGGAGGUGUGCCUCCGCCAGUCCUCCAAUGGCAUGGCGAGCCACGACUGCAUGGUCGACGUUUGCUUCGGGGGCGACCAGUUCGCGGAGCUCGGCGGCUACGACAGCGACGAGUGAUCCGGCGGCACGGGGGCGCGUCUUGCUGGUCAGCUGGCGGCGGGCCGUUUUUUGCUACGGGUGCCCGCGACAAAGUGGCGCGGACACCAUUUGGGGCACCCCUCGCAAUCGCCGAGAGGGCGGUGAGGAGGAGGAGGAGGAGGAGACGGAGGAG